AUGGAAGCAUUCACGACGCGAGCAGAAAUUUCGCCCGGUGCGAAUCCUGUGCUAAUUCGUUCUGGUUCACUUAAUACUGUUGGCGGGACAGAUGCUCCUACCACGAUCCCUGCCAUGAUUGUUCCGGCCACAGUCUCUUCGGGCUCAUCUGCUAGGCCGGUGAUAACUGUCGUUCCGGGCAACACAGCUACCACAUCCCAAGGGCAACCAAAAGUGAUUAGAGCCAAUCUAACUCCUGGCACAAAGACUCCGGUUCAAGGAGUCAAAGCGUCCACAGUGUUGCCCACAGGAGUCCCAGCUCAACCAAAUGCCACGGCUGGACAGGCGCGUGCUGUAAGCGCAGCGAAUGUGGGUCGCCCAGUUUCCCAAACGACCAAUGAAAAUGCUUCUCGUUCGGGUGCAUCAGGUGCUGCAUCUGGAACGCCUGGUGCAAAACAACCUGCUCAACCGUAUUCUCCUGAAGUACAGGCCAAAAUUCUUAAUGGAUUAACUAAAUUGGCCACUAACUUUCUUCCUGCUGUGCGGCAUGCAAUUCAAGUGGUGUCCGAUUUGCCGGACUCAGCACUUUCUGUUCGGAAAUACGUGAAACUGAAAGACAUAUUGGAACAUCCGGAAUCGAAUUUGCAUGUGAUUCGAUUGAAUCAACUCCCGUUGAUUGAACAACUGCUAAAUCAAAUCUCACUCAAUCCGUUACAACUUUUCCAACAGCAGCAGCAACAACAACAAGGAAAAUCUGCUCAUUCGGCUCAUCAGUCACAACAAAGAUCCAAUCAGGCUCGAGCGACAGCUGCAGCUGCUGCCGUUGCUGCGGCCGCAGCGAAAACUAUGACUGCUGUGCCAUCGAACGAGGGUGCCAGAAUGGGAGCAGAACUAUCAGGCGGUCCAGUCAACUCCGACCAAUCGGUUAAUCAUCGGAACGCUGCCUCUGCUCAGCAAAGGCUGAUGGGCACUCAACCGCAACAACAGCAACAGCAGCAUCAGCAACCACAGCAAUCUCAGUCUGUGUCGCAACAACAGGCUGCUCGAUUUCGUGUACGUCCUAGUUUUAUCAUUGUGAAGAGACCGCACUUGUACGAAAUAAGCUUUGGUGGUCUGUUCCAUGUGAAUAAUGGCUAA